AUGGCGGCGCUGCUGCUCCUGCCCGGGGGAGCGCUGCACCUGCUGCACCGCCAGGGGGCGCUGCACCUGCACCGCCUGGCGCUCAGGCACGGCCCCGUCCUGCGCAUGCGCCUGGGGGGGCGCGAGGUGCUGGUGCUGAGCUCGGUGGGCGCCAUCCGGGAGGCGCUGGCCAGGCACUGGGGGGAUUGGCUGGGGAGACCCCCGAGCUACCUGGGGUCUCUGGUGUCGCGGGGGGGCCGGGACCUGGCCCUGGGCCCCCCCACCCCCAGCUGGCGCCGGCAGCGAGGGGCGGCCCGGGGGGCGCUGGCCAGGGCCGGGGGCAGGCUGCGACCCCUCCUCAGGCAGCAGGCAGAGGCUCUCUGCCAGGAGCUGCAGUCCCACGGGGGGGCUCCCCUGGACCCCUUUGAGAUCUUCUCCUUCCACAGCUGCAGCACCAUUGGCCGCCUGCUCUUCGGGGACAUGACGCCCCCCGAGGAGGAGCUGCGGAGCUUCUCUCGCUGCCUGCUGCAGCUGCUGGAGGUUUGGGGCCGCAGCAGCGUUCGGGUCCUGGACCUCAUCCCUGCGCUGCGGGUGCUCCCCAACCCUGGGCUGCGGCAGCUGCUGCGCCUGGUGCAGCUCAGGGACAGCUUCGUGGAGACCCAGAUCCGGAGACACGAGGAGUGCCCAUCCCCCCCCUCGGACACGGUGCUGGCAGCGCUGCAGGGGAGGGACCCCAGCGUCCAGGGGGGUCCCCUGAGCCCCCCCCGGCUGCACAUGACCUUGGUUGACCUCUUCAUCGGCGGCACCGAGACCACAGCCACAGCCCUCACCUGGGCUGUGGCCUUCCUGCUGCACCGCCCCGAGCUGCAGGACCAGCUGAGGGCAGAGCUGUGGCAGGAGCUGGGCCCCUCAGGCCCCCCCGAGCUGGGGGGCUCCGGGCGCCUGCCCCUGCUGCAGGCAACCAUCGCCGAGACCCUGCGGCUGCGGCCCCCUGCGCCCCUGGCACUGCCACACUGCGCCUGCCGCCACACCAGCCUCGGGGGCUGUCCGGUCCCAGCCGGCUCCAUCCUGAUCCCCAACCUGCUGGCUGCCCACCGGGACCCCCAGAGCUGGCAGCGUCCGGACGACUUCCUGCCCGAGCGCUUCCUGUGCGCGGAGGCUCCGGGCAGGGCUCCGCUGCUGCCGUUCGGCUGCGGCGCCCGGGCGUGCCCGGGGGAGGCUGUGGCCAGGGCGGAGCUGGCAGCGUUCCUGGGGCAGCUCCUGCGCCGCUUCCGCCUGGUGCCGGCCGUGCCCGGGGCGCUGCCGCGGCUGGACGGGGGCUCGGCUGGCACCGUCCUGCGCUGCCCUCCCUUCCGCGUCCGGCUGCUGCCCUGCGCCGCCCCCGCUGGAGCGGUGCCCCCCAGCCUGACCACUGCCCCCGCCAGUGCAACCAGUGCCCCCCAGCCUGACCAGCGCCCCCCCAGUGCAACCAGUGCCCUCGCAGUCUGA